AUGAUCCAUUUCUCCUCUCCAGAUGGAGCAUCUCUAUUGCCAACAGAACAGCCAGGGGAAAGAGAUGUGGAAGAUGAGGACAAUAAGACAGUAGGCUGCUGGUCCUCUGAACGAGGAACAAGGAACACCUCGGAAUCCGCCUAUCACGGUGUCUCCCCGUUCCUUCUCUGGCCAGUUCCCGACAAGCCACUGAAACAGGAUCUCAGCGCUUGGGAAUUGGUGAGAUUGUCUCUGUGUUAUUACCGCGAGUCUUGUGAAAAGGGGGGGGGGGACACCCCUCCAGGACAGGCAUGCACACCAGUGCCCCCGAAACGCGGAAAACUAAUUGCUCUUGAAUGCUGUCUCGGAAUGUUGGCGUAUUCCUGCCGCAAGCCGGAGAGAGUCACAGUGUGCGCCAACUGUCAAACUUCAGCAACCACUCUAUGGAGAAGAAACGCUGACGGUGAACCCGUUUGCAACGCUUGUGUUAUUCGUGCCAUCUACGGUCCACAAACGCUGAAAUUGCUUAUGUUUAAUGCAUUGCCAGGUUGGGAUGAAACGAAUGUCAGAUAA